CAAAAAUAACAUCUGAACUGUUGGUAAAUCGUAAAUCAAAACUAUUAUGGCAAAUUGUAUCGAGCCUUCGAGCGAUGUCCCGAGAAAUUACGUGUUUCUGUUUUACAAAGUCAAACUGCACAAUGAAGAUUUUUCUUUUAAUAUCAUUCGCUUUGACAGCCAUUUCUUCAACUCGAAGUUCAAAUUCGAGCGAGGCUCGUGACAUCACAACACUGCUAAAUAAUACCAUCGCAAAAAAAAUUCCAAAAUAUGAAUCCAGCAACGAUCAACAAAUUACUCCUCAGCAUGGGGAAUUUAGAUUCGUUCACUUAUGAUACAUAUAUUGAUUGCGACUUAGGGUCUUAUGAGAGCGACUACUUUUUCACUGGUAUCACCGUAACCCCAGUGAAAGCAGAAUCUGCCACCUUCCGAAUAGGAUUAUUUCACGAUAAUAGGGCGCUCUUAUCCUUCACCAACCUAUCAAUUGAAAUGAAAGGAUACUUGGUAGAAACCCGAGAUGCAGCUCAAGUGGGUUUCGUACGAUCUGUGAAUUUUGAAAACAUCUCCAUCGACUUAACUUCUACACUACCGUAUAAUAAUUUCUCAAAGAAGGUAUCCUAUCGAUACUACGUUAGUUUAAGCAUUCACUACAAAAGUUACGAAUCUCAUUACAUAUAUUCGCCUUGGCUCCACCAAAACUUGACAAAAGACAUGCAGUACAAACUCGAAAGACUGGCCAAAACCUGCCUACCAUCGUUAUUCGAAUACAAUUUACAAACCAACGAGAACUUCGUGCAAACCUUCCAUGCAGCGUUUUGCCUCUCUUCUCAAGAAGAAAUCGCUUUCAAAAGAAAAAAUUACAUCUUUAUACCAAAUAUCACUUCUCUAGGUCGUACCCUGAGCAAUAUCACUAUCACAGGAAUGCACAAUUUCGAUAGUCACUCGUUCGCUGAAAAUUCUGGCCUAACUGUCAGCACUCUGACGAUUAAAGAUAUCCGAGGAACCACUAAUUUACAUUACGAUGGUCGAAAUUUUACAAUUUUUCCAUUAUACUUUGAAGUGGAUAGAAUUUCGAUAACGGUUGAUCGAAAACAGCAAAGUAUCAAUGUGACCCCCCAUAACUACACGGUUAUUGACACUAAAACGAACGUCUCGUUGACGGAAUAUCAGUCCAAGUGGGUAAUGGAAGGGAUUCAAUUUGCGAUUGCGUCUUUCAUAAUGCCAUCGAUGAAAUAUAACAGAAACAGGACUCAGCCCACUGAUUCACUGGAAGAACAUCCGAUUGUAAAAAUAAGCACCAAAUUAUCUCAACAAUUCGAGGGUAGCACGAUACAAAAACUGUACGAUACUUGGAAUAUAACAAUACCCGAAAGCUUCAAGGCAGAAUCGAGUAUCCAAAUAGAAUCACACACUUACAAUAUUUCAAUUGAUGCUAAACCGGAAACAGCAUUGAAACUGUAUCCAGAUUAUAUCCAAUGUAGUCUCUACAACCACUUGGAGUUGGAUUACGAAAUUCCUACUUGGUUCGGGAAAAUUAGCGUGUUCAAUACCACUUAUGAAUUCGACGAAAUUGAUUUUAAAAUGCCCGACAUUAUCAUCAAAGUAUUCAAACUAAAUAAUAUAAAUCAUAUUGAAUUGCGCCCCUUUGUAAUCCUUGACGCAGAACUGCUCUCAUAUACGUACAGUUUCUCAGAUUACGAUCAAUGGAAGAUAGCACAAAAAGCGCAAGAAAUGACGAUCUCGUUGAUUAAGAAAACAGUCACACUUUUCGCAGAACUACUGCUUUCUUUACCAUUGGACUACUGCACCCAACCAGUGAACAUUUUCGAUGACUUCCUGCCUUUUUACGCCGAUCACGAAUUACCCUUCCGUGUACCGGACAGCAGAAUUGCAAAAAAAUUCACGAUACCGAAAAUUAACAACGUGAUAAUAACAGAGUGGAGGAAAUCACCUUCUGCUUUUGUCUCGUUUCAUUGCCAUGACUUCGUCAAUGGAACAAAUGGAAGCAUGCAGACAUACGUAAUAUUACAAUUGGGAGAGGCUAAAAUCAGAAUGAAUUUUAACGAUAGCUUGGUACCAUUUGAUGAACUGCAUUUGACGUUGACUAGCUUAGAGGUACGAAAUUACACAGAUAGUAGAGAGAUUGUGGUGGAUUUAGAUUCGUCGAGUCCGUCGGAAUACGACUCUCAGAACAAUGAAACGAUCUCUCUUUCUAGUUCGAAAAUCGCCUCUAUUGAGAUGAAAUUACAAAGUAUACUUGGCGAAUGUUUCAAUAAUCUUACCAGUAUCGUUUUUUAACAUUAUUUUCAUUACAAUUUAUACCUAUCUAUUACUAAUUUUGUACAAAUUAAAUUAUUGAAACUUUU